CGUGAGGCCCCGGCUGUGUGCCGCCAGCCCGCUGGUUGUUCGCACGCAUGAAAAACAAAAGAUCGCUCCCCUCUCUUCGGACCUUUUUCUUCUCAAUCAGAACGUUUUUGGAUCGCUUCAUUUUGAAUCGGACACUCUUGCAUCUAUCUUCAUUACAAGUGCCUCUCGCCUCUCACCAAAGUAGCCAACAGUCUCCAAUUAGUCGAAUGCGAUGCAUUCCGUCUCGCUGCAUGUCUUGAAAGCACGUCAUGCUUGACAUGACAGACACCACGUGUGCAGGCGAAUCGGUGUUUGUGCAGCCACGCAUCU